GGUAUUUCCAAGAAUGAGAAAAACAAGAAAAUCUGGAAUGCGAAGGAUCGAAUCGCAUCCUUAACGGUGGAAUCAGAGUUGAUUGACCUGGAAUCAAAAAUUAACAAGGCAAAUGAUUUAUUAUACUUUUUUAAUAAGAAGGGAAGGCAAGAUGGCCUCCAGAUAGCACGACGAGGAUUUCAAGUAUAUGCUGACACUGAGUUUGAUUCAGUGGAACGAGAGCGGAAGAGGAAGAGAGAAAAUGAAAAUGACAAAGUAGAAGUUGACUCACCCGUUACAUCUCAUCCGUACUUCCACCUUCACAUUCCUCCACCGCGUUUUGUCACGCUCUCUUCUCCAAGUAAUUUUACUCCUAUUUGCGUUCAUACUUCCCCCUCACUUGGAAAUUUCAUCGCAAGGAUGGGAGGUGUAAACUAUCGUCUUUUUGAUUAUCGUGUUGUAAAUCUUUCCGAAAAAAAUCUUGUUGAUCUAGUAAAUAAAGUCUUUUCGAAUGAUGACAAAAAAAAGAAUGAGAAAAUUAUGGGAAAAAAUGUUAUUUUCGAGAAGCCGUUUGAGGGAGAGUUUAACUUUGUAAAGCACUAUCGCCUGUUAUGGGUACAGGAUAUUUUUCAACGAUUCAUGGUUUUGUUCGCCUCGACUUUUAACAUACUUCGUGACGCGAAUGCACAUGAGAUGGCUUACAGAGACUCAUUCGUCAAUCCCUUAAUUCCGAAAGUAUUUGACGAUAUGAUAAAAUUAGAUUCCAAGUUGGAGAGAUCGAAAGUACUUUACGUAAGCAACAAAGGAAUCAGACAAAUGGUCGAAAACCUCGGAUAUCAAUCUUUUAUCCACCUAAAACGUAACGCAACAAAAAGUCAGCUCUUAUUCCUUCAAAGUUUCGGUGUACUUGUUUAUCAGCGGGAGACGACAAUCUACGCAAUGCAUCGUGCUAAAGGAGGAUUACACAUUGUAGAUAUCAUUACAAACUUUACGAUCCCAGAUAACAAAGACCAAGUGUAUGUUAUUGAUGAAAUAAUAGAAAAGGUGUAUUUUUUCAAGCCGAGUAAUGGAUUAUUACUUAAAGUUGCAAGAAAUAUCGCGAAAGUACAAGAAUACUCUCCCACUAACGAAAAUUCACUAGAAGCGUCGCCAUCCAAAAGGGCAUUAAAGAAAAUUGUAACACGUUUACAUUGGCAUGUCAUAAUUUGUAAAAAUAAAAUGCUGUAUCAAGACAAAUGA